UUCGUUCACAGGUGAACUGAUAUCACACAUUUAUCCGUGGAAGUGAAACAGGCAAACUGGAUUUUUUCCCCAACUUCACAGUUCAUGGUUUUCUUCAGCACGGCACGCGUGUACGCAUGGUUUACUCUUGACUGAUACAGGGUGAAUAGCAACACCCAGCUAUCUUGACAUACCAGAUAUGAAAGACGGGUGGAUGAAUACAGUGGCUUUUGAAAUAUUUUCGGUAUAGCCAGGUCAGAAAAAUUUAUUCUCCGGGUGACGGAGGACGCUAAUGGUGGGUGCGCACAGUACGCGGGUCUAGGUCGUGUCGAAGUCAAAGUCUGCAUGGUUCAAUGUCGCUGUCAUAAACUACGACUUUCUGGAUCUCGGGAAAAGGUGUGUAAACCUGUGAAAACGUGCACCUGUGGUUUCAAAGGGUUUAAUCCAGAAAAGUUGAGCUUGAACUCUGUGCACAUAAAGUUGUGUGUCAGCGGCUCGAUCACCUGUGGUGCCGCUGUACGACAGCUAUAGACUUAAGGACUCGGUUCACUCAGGCGAUACCUGUAUAGGCCUAUUUAACCCAUCCCGAUAUACCCGGAUCGUAUCUUGAUCCAGUUUAUGGAACCGUUAUAUACAGAAAAGACAUCACCCGGGAUGUGGUGAUACUAUCGGCUGGACAGGUGUGUAUACUGUCGUGAUUACUAGUCAAUGACAUCGGCAGUGUAGCCAUUGAAGCAGUUUUAACGACCAGACUGAAUAACGCUACAUUUACAGAGGAGUUAAUCAUCAUUUUGAAUUCUACAAAGGCGACAACUUUGGAGUGGGGAAUCUGGACUGGGGACACUGGAUGUAUCCAGCCGCGUGGAUGGCUGUGGUUUUGUGGAGGGCUCUGUUACUGUGACUUGCCUGAGGACUGUAUAGAAGUAACCUGGGACAAUUUAUUCAGCAGAGGAGUGAAUUCAAAUGAGGACACUAGAUAAUUAAUUCUGCAGGCUACCAUUACAUACUCAAGGGUAUUUUUCUACUUGGACUCCUGGGAAAGUUCAUGUGUCCACCAUGUUCUUCGCAACGCUGUUGUUGAUAGACUUCUUACUCUUCAAAACGACAAACGGUCAAGGCUGUUCCUAUCAUGGUAAUUCGUUUCCUAGGGUCAGCGAGACUGAUCCCGCCGGCUCCGUGCUGGUACAGUUUGAGGUGACUCUUCCUCAGGAGGUGUGGUCAAUUGACCAUGCUGUCCUUAACGGUUAUGUUGACCUCAGGAGACAGAAUGACACCAUCGAGCUGGUCACCCUGAAGCCGCUGGACCUCGAGGAGAUGAAUAAUGCGAGUUCUUCAGUGGGAACACGGUUGAAGAUUACAUUGUCUUGUGUGUACGACAAUCGACCCUUUGUGAAGCAAGAUCUGAACAUUCUGAUCACAGCAAUCAAUGAGUUCGAUCCUUACUUCAUCGGAGCCCCGUAUUACCAUGAUGUUGAAGAGAACACAGCCUUGCAGACGACAGUUUUCACUUUGAGCGGGAAAGCGGAUGAUGCCGACUUCCUGCCCUCACAACAGCCCAUCUCGCAGUUCAGGCUUCACGGAAUAUACCCGCAGGUGCCCGACGUAUUCUUCGCCAUGACAGGGACGAUAAACGGUGUGAUCACUACACAGAAACUGCUGGAUUACGAAGCCCUCUUAAACCAGGGUUUAACCACAUUUGUCCUGAACGUGUCCGCAGAGGAUAACGGUGACCCUGGGCCCCGCUCUUCCUUUACAACCAUCACUGUGAAUGUGAAAGAUGUGGACGAUGAAAGCCCGGCUUUCGUGUAUGACUGUCAGUGUACCGCAUCAGACUGCCCACCCAAGAUAAAGGGAUUGUGUCAAGUGCCGGCUUAUUACACAACUAUCACACCGACACAUACAGGAGACCUUUUGAAAAUCCAACCUAGUCCUAUCUUCGCAGUUGACGGUGACAUGCUGAAUUACACUAUAACCUACAGUAUAGUAGCUGGGAGUCUGCGGAACCAUUCCGAGUAUUUCACGAUUGACAGUCAGACGGGUGUGGUGACCCAGGUACGGGAGAUGGAUGACCUAAAUGUGGAUAACUUCGUUCUCACUAUACAGGCCACAGAAGCCUCUACUGCUCAGAGGCAAGCGAUCCGAGGCCUAACCAUAUCUGUGUCGGGCAGGACAGCGGAGCCACCUCACACUACGGACAAACCGCCAGCUGUUCAAACCAGUCCGCCCAGGAACACCACAGAACCUGCACAAGAAUCCACCAAAGAUGACAGUGGUGGCUCUAUAGCACUUUGGGUUCUUUUGGUGGCCAUCGGCAGUUGUCUUUUACUAGGUCUUCUUAUUGCUCUUGGUGUUUACAUUUUUUUGCGGAAACGCCACAAGACUAAUCCGGAUGAUACACAAUCGAGUGGACCAAGUAAUGUGUCAACAGAAGAGGAGAUUUUGGACGCCUAUGCUUCUGAGACGCAAGAGAGUAAGUGGAACCACAAUGGGCUAGAUCUUUCGGUCAGGAGUGCAUAUGGCCCACAAACCAACAGCACCUUCCUCAACGGCACUUCCCGUAAAGACAGCUACAUCAACAGCCAAAUGACCAAUCAUGGAAACCUAGGCCAACAGCGCCAUUUUGAUUUGGCGGUCCCUCUCCCGGGUUCUGGUAAGUUACCUCCCCUGAACAAAGCUGACAUGGUGGACACGUCUACGGAAACGGAAGAAACAGACGUACGGAAACUGAAGAGAAAACCUCGCAAACGACGUGACAAAUCCCAAGAUGAAGAAAUUUACGACGGUACACGCACCUACGAAAUGGAGGCAGAUCCCAGCUUCUUCACUACUGUCCCCAAAAACAAGGUCAAGCGAAACAGAAGAAGUUUCAACUUUAAACCCGCUCCUGAUCAUUGGAUAACAGUGCCUAAUGAAUAUUAAAAACAUGUUUCCGUGAGACUUUUCGGAUUUAGGGUGCAUUUGGACAACCUGCAAGGAUCGCGGACAUAUGGCAACAAUCUGCUCACAGCUGGCUAGGCUGGAUAGAGGUUCAACCUGUGUUCAUGGCUUACGAAUGUUUUUUUUUUUUUUUUGGUCUGACAUAUUUGAGACUUAAAAACAUCCUUUUUGUCGGCUGCAGAAUAUUUCGUUUGGCUACAUACUUGCUGUGUCUAUCGGUAAUAUUGAUAGAUAUUUGACAGAUAUUUCUUCCGUUGGAAUGUCACUCAGUAAGGAAAAAAAAACGUUUGGGCAUGGAUCCGUGCAUGAUUUGUUCUGUAAUUAGCUAGAUUGUGUUUGCGUGUGGACUUUAUUCAGAGAUGAGUGCAGAAAUUCCUUCCGUUUACUUCUGCAACAUAUUGACUACACUCUUGUUACUUUCUGUGUGUGCUUCCUUUGAUACAAACCUUUCCAAGGUGCACCUUAUCCUGAAAUGAAUUAUGAGCUUAUUUAUUAUUUUCUUAUUUUUUAUUUGAAUCAUGAUGUUUUAAACAAGGGUUAUAGAAUCCUGUGCUCUUUAUAAUCCUAUGAGAGGAAAAUGUCAAAGAAGUUUCACACCAAGCAGACCACCCGUGUGUUAUGUACCUAGUUCCUGACAGUAAUCACCACUAUACAGAAAGUGCCCCAGAUAUUGUGACAAUUGUGAAGUGUGUCAUAUCAAAGAAGUGUCCCUAUCACAGAAAGUGCGUGAUAUCAGAGAAAGGAUAUCAAAUCAGUGAUAAGAACAGAGAGAGGGCCCAUCUCGCAUCAUUUCCCGAAGAAAUAUCAUCUAAAAUUUUCGAGUAUACCAUUUCGGGGCUGCACAUGAGUAAACCUGAUAGACAAGAACGGUAUGGGUUUGAUGACUCUGAGACGUUCAAAAACGGAUUAUUCUUCCGUUCAGAUGAUCUCGGUUGCUUGUGAGUAGACUCGUCUUAAACGACGUGUGCGAAUAAUCAGCACGUGAAACCUGUUGAUGCACCAGGUCAUUCAAAGAUCCAAGAAAAUGUGCAGCAGUAGAUAGAUGCCACGUGUCUAAGAUCGCUGUAAAGACGAUGGCAACAUUUAUAACGCGUUGCAGACUGUUAAAAGCACAUUUUUGCAAGUGUUUGAGUCCUAUCAAAAAGCAUUGUACCGCGUCCAGACAGAUUUUAUAAUUCAGUAGUGUAGAUAAUAGAAACAUGCACGAACUUCCAUCACAUCAAAUGUCAUCAGGCCAACGGGCAACUUUCGCCCGAAUGACACUACUUUAUAUGUACGGCGAAGGUGUCCAACUGACCAAGCUGUACUUUUGGCGACAAUCGCGUUGCCUAGCUUUCCUUUGAUAACUACGAAACCCAAGGCUUCAGGGAUGUAGCUCUCAUACUGUCAUGUAGCAUUCAUUAUUUCGUUUUUGAUGAACUAAGAGUUUGUUGAAGCGGAUUUAUUGCUUCUUCGCAAAUCAUAGUCAUUAUAUAACUAAGCCAUGCGCUGGUUUGUACCUGGUUACAUAUAUCAGAUUUCCAGUAUAACUUUUUCAGAUGACGUUGUGUCGACGUCACAAGUUGGUUACCGUGACGGACUUCGUAGUAUCCCUUCGCAAGCGCUGACUGUGAUAUGUACAGCACUGUUUUCUAUAAACUGUUUUCGCCAUUCCAUAAUACCCAAUACGUUUCUUAUUCAAUUACCAUUUGUACGUAGUUAAUAAGACCUAUAGCUUGCAAUGUAAAAUGAGACAUUAUUGUCUAAGCGACAAUAUCAUAGUAUGCUUGACCUUAGCCUGUUUAUAUGCAAGUGCCUUUGUGCUACGGACAGAACCAGCCGGCUGUCGAGUGUAUAUUGGUUGACAGAAUUGAUCAGGAUUUGUUGGUUGUUUCGUUAACAUAGGUUUUCCCUUUUGUUUAACAAUAUCUUAAUAAACUACAGCCUGAAGUAUGGUCAAAUUUUUACUUCUUCCCAUAUGUUUAAAUAGCCGCCUUGUUAAUAUUUGAAAUAUAUUAGCCCAUUGUUCAUAAUAAUUGUGUUAUCGAGGUUCAUAUACAUGUAACUAUAAUGUCAUAUUUAUCUACAAACCAGUCAACUUACAUUGAAACAAUUGUGAGUGUACUCGCCAGCUCCACGUGCACAUUGUGACGCCAUGAACGAGAUUUCAAGGUCCAAAUAAAAACAACAUGCGAACAAAAUGGUGCAAUUAUAACAACGACGACAGUCGUAUCUUUGACGCGUGAACAAACACAUGCUUGAUGCGAUGAAUGAUGUUAUAUAUUGCGUGGUGUUUAAAUGCAAAUAGAUUCCUAUGUGGUGCACCGAAUAAUAACGACACAUAUUCGUGACAGGUUUUUUUUCGUGUUGUUUUGGUCAACGCUGUAAGCUUUGCAUCCAAAGUACGUACUCUCGUACAAAGCAAACAAUUGAAGGUUGUGGGGCCGAAGCCGGGUGGGGUAGGAAAGAUACAACCGAAGUUGCGCAGUCGAGUCAUUUUAUAUAUGGUGCUUUGAACUGUUGAUUGUGAAACGUUCACUUUGUAUACAUUUUUGACAAUCACAAGUAAUGAUAAUAAA